AUGGAGUUCAGCUCUUCAUCUGUAUUCGACCAGCACAAAGACUCUGCUGAGGAAGUCGACCUGAGUGUGGUUUAUCAGGCAGCUGCCAAUGGGGAUGUCAACACGUUAACGGCAACAAUCCGUGAGGAUCCCUCCAUUUUGGAGUGCUGCGAUAGUGAAGGCUCCACUCCACUGAUGCAUGCAGUUUCUGGGAGGCAGGUGGACACAGUGAAGCUCCUGCUGAAAAUGGGGGCUUCCAUCAACACACAGGAUGCAUGUGGCAGAACUUCCCUCUCUUUAGCAACUUACCUGGGAUGGCUAGAGGGAUGUGUGUGUCUGGUGCGGAAUGGAGCGAAACAAAACAUCCCUGACAAGAACGGACGAUUACCACUUCAUGCUGCAACUGCUGAGACAGAUUUCAGACUGAUGGCUGUCCUUUUGCAGCAGUCUUCUUUAUGUGAAAUUAAUCAUCAAGACAAUGAGGGAAUGACAGCUCUUCAUUGGGCAUCCUUCCAUAACCGCCCAGAACAUGUGAGAGCCUUGCUGGAGAAGGGGGCAGACCCCACCCUGGUGGACAAAGACUUCAAGACAGCACUCCAUUGGGCUGUUCAGAGUGGUAGCAGAUUUAUGUGUUCACUCAUACUCGACCAUCAUCUUGGUUCCUCUGUUAUUAACUACGAUGAUGAGAAUGGAAAGACUUGUGUUCAUAUUGCUGCUGCAGCUGGUUACAGUGACAUCAUUUAUGAACUUGCCCGUGUCCCUGAGACCAACCUGCAAGCCCUUGACGUGGAUGAGCGGACACCUCUUCACUGGGCAGCAGCAGCAGGAAAGGAAGAGUGUGUACAGGCCCUGUUACAGCUUGGUGUGGAUCCUGACCCCAGAGACAUCAAUGAAAACACACCACUUACAUAUGCAAUGUACUGCGGGCACACGGCCUGCAUCAAACUCCUCUCCACUGAGAACAGACCAGAGUCCAGCAGACAGAUGAACUCUCAGAACAGUGAUGCCUCAAUCAAAAAGGAAGGAAAAUUUCGAAUGCUCAACCAUAUCUUCUCUUGUAAGAAGAAGAGGGAGCUACAGGUGGCAAGGCAAAGGGAGCAAAGCUGUGACAGUCAACUACAGGAGGAGACCUCAGAGGUGGAUGAUAUCAUCACCAUGUUUGACUGCACAAUUGAGCCCUCAGCCAAAGAACCAAGAGAGGACAGUUCUGCUGGGAGAAAAAGAUCUAGCGAACCUGACAAAGCCCACCUGCUGGAGGACUGCACUGUCAAAGACUUCAAGGGGUUGCCGCCCAUACGAGCACAGAGUCUUCCACCUAUCACUCUGGGAAACUCUCUGUUUUCCAGCUCACAGAACAUAGUGCAGAGAAGUGUCUCUGGGCAGAUGGCCAGUCAUUUAGCCCACAGGUCACAGAAGAGCAAGAGUGAACACGAUCUGUUUGAUAGCAGAACCAAAGGUCAGAAAGUGCUCAGCCACACCUGGAAGACAGAGUCCAGUCAGUUAGUAGGCCACAAGGCAUGGAUAUCACCCCCAUCUGAAAGGCUACUAGACAAACUACUGCAUGAAACAACAAGCCCCUUGGAUGUUCUUUGUUCCAACCAUACCCCGUAUAUACAAAGGAAUGAUCAAGCACCACACACUCACCUUCUACCUCUAAGAAUGCGAGAAAAUGCCCUUACUCGCAACAGUUUGGCUCCCAUUCGCGACCACUGUACUCACAGAUUCUCUUUGCCACCUGACCAAGUCUCCCAGGGAGUAAAGAAGUCAAAGUCUCUGCCACUCAAUUCCCAUGGGCGGAGCCUACCAGGGCUCCCACCUCCUCUCUCCUCUAAAAUCUACAGGCCUGGGAUCCCCCAAAGCCAGUCUCUCUCCUCUUUCCUCACCCCAGGAGCAGGGGAACCUCUAAGGAACAUACAAGUUCUUCCUGCAAUUCCAGCCCAGAGAAAACGCAGCCCUUCUAAAAGUAACACUGACAGUUGA